GACUCUUUGCGUGGAUCCUUGACCCCCUGAGGUCGGGUGACUGGCCACACCGGCAGAGCGGCGGCCACUUGUUACUUGUAUGUUGGCCCGCGACCCAGAUCCGCUACUCGUGUCCAACCGUCUCCAGUCCACGUCGUGUGCCGCCCCGCCGUCCUUCUCCGUUCGCCGUCGGCCCUCCCCUCGGCCGUCCGCCCGCCCGGCUCCACGUAGCUCGGAAUAACGAAUCGCCGCUCGCUAUCCCUCGGACCUCGGUAGAAAGUUCCAAAACGACAACGGCAUCGUCUGGUCUCCCGGUGCCGACCUGCCGUUCCCCAUUUGUAUCGUCCUUCUUCCGCUGCAUCCGUCUCGCCUCUUCUGCUCGCAUCUAGCCCUCAGCCCUCAGCUCACCAACCACCACGAACCGAGGGAGAGAGGGAAGGGACCGGGAGAGGGACGAAUGGCGAGCUCUCAGUGCUGCGAUAACCCGCCGGCCCUGAACCCGGCCUGCGGGGAGGGCAAGGUCGUCGACAGCUUCGGCGGGCUCAAGGCCUACGUCGCCGGCCCCGAGGACUCCAAGGCCGCCGUCGUCCUCGUCGCCGACGUCUUCGGAUUCGAAGCGCCGAUUCUGAGGAAGAUAGCCGACAAGGUUGCUUCGUCAGGGUACUUUGUUGUGGUACCAGAUUUCUUUCAUGGGGAUCCUUAUGUACCUGAGAAUGGGAAGCCCAUCCCUGAGUGGCUAAAGUCACAUACUCCGGAAAAAGGGUUUGAAGAGGCAAAACCAGUUAUUGCGACUCUAAAGGAGAAGGGAGUGUCUGCUGUUGGAGCUGCAGGGUAUUGCUGGGGUGCAAAGGUUGUUGUGGAGUUGGCAAAAGCUCAUGAGAUCCAAGCUGCUGUACUGUUGCACCCUUCUUUUGUUACCAUUGACGAUAUCAAAGAGGUCAAAUGCCCAAUUUCUAUACUCGGAGCUGAGAUUGACAAAAUGUCCCCACCAGAGUUAGUCAAGCAAUUCGAGCAGGUCCUUUCUGUGAACUCAGGGGUUGGUCACUUUGUCAAGAUCUUCCCUGGUGUGGCGCAUGGAUGGAGCGUGAGAUACAGCCACGACGACGCAGCUGCCGUGAAGAGUGCUGAGGAAGCCUUUGCGGACAUGCUCGACUGGUUCAAUAAGAACCUGAAAUGAACUCUGCAAUUGCAUCCUGCCUUGUAAUAAUGCAUAUUCCAAUGUCCUGAGAUCGAAUCUGCUGUGUUAGGGCUUGCGUGGUCAGGCCAUUCAGAGUUCUCAUGGUCUUAGGGUUGUAUUAGUAGAUUGGUUGUGCUAAAUCCAUAAUAAAACGAGGUAAACUAUUUUAGAGAGGAUUAAGGCUUUUCCCCGUUUGUUAUUAAGAAAAAUAGUUUCUUUCUCUAUGCCACUAAAUUUAAAGCGGGUCUCUAUGCUAUGACAUUUAUCUCUUUUGUCUA